AACGCUGUCAGCCGGUGUAAUGGCGCCUCGAGUUGCAUUUUAGUAUUUUCUACCUUACAAUUACAUUUUAGUUAGGUUUUAGUUUUAGUGGUACAAGCUGUGGCAUUUUGUGCAGAUUUCUCCAUUAUCGGAUUAAACUGUGAGAUUGCUCAGAACUGUCUAAAGAAACUGGGUCAUUGAAAGAAAAGGUGAAAAAUGACCUCGUCUUUCGAGGACUUCAGCAUUCCUGAUUUCGGUUCUACAGACCAAAAUGAGGAGGAUAUAAAUGAAAGUUGCAGGUUAGAAAAAGAUUCUUCAAAUGAUGCAGACAUGUUUGAAGAUUCAUCUGGGGAGGAGAGUUUCGAAGCCACCUGUAGUGUUGAUCAUGGUGGGAUUCAAACAUGUACUGCCUCAGCUUCAAAAAAUUCCAUAGCAGAUGAUGUAGUUGGAAAUAUCACCCCAGACACAAAAGCUUUAGUUUCCUUUAGGGAAAGUUCAACAACCUUUGAUGAGGAAACUCUGAUGAAAAUGACUGAUGAAGAGCAUGAAUUUUUUGAGAGAUACAAAGAAGCAAACCAAGCCCAACUGUCUUCAUUAAAGUGCACCACUUGUUCGUGCCAACUUUUCCUUGUUAAUCGUGAGAACAUCCGCAUUCAUCCUGUUUUAGGCGUGUUGAUUUGCAAAAGCUGCCGCGAAUUUUACAGUAACGGUCCUUUUACCAAAGAUGAAAAUGGUCAUGAUGAAUAUUGUCGUUGGUGCGCCGAAGGCGGAAUGAUAAUAUGCUGCGACACUUGCACCAACGUAUUUUGCAAAGCGUGCUUACGUCGUUGCCUAGGUCGUGCGAAUUUACUAGAAAUCACUGGCAGCAAAUGUAAAUGGAGUUGUUUAAUUUGCAACAAUCUUCCCCUCUGGACACAAAGAGCUCUGUGCAGGAUGGUGAUGUCUGCAAUGAAAUCAACCCCUGGUCGAAAGUCUCUAUCUCGCCGAUCAUUGUAUGGAUCACCUGAAGUAGCUGAAUCAAGCGAUCCUGCCGUUUGGUUACCAGCUAUCAUAAAUGAGGCAGAAAAAUUAGCCACGUACUGUAAGGUAUUGGCAGCAAAAGUAGGAACCAGCUGGUCUAAAAACGGUGGAGGUAGCGCAGAAGGUACAAGCAAUCGCCGCGACAAAGAAACAGAUAAACUGAAAGUCAUUAGCUGCUGCCGCAAACUUCGUAAAGCCGUUGUCACUACCGGCGUAAACAUGAAGUUACUGGAAAAGAAAAUUGUUACCAAAUUUGAGCAAAACUAUGGCAAUACUGCCGACAUUGAUGUUGAGCGGCCGUCGGAAGUAUCUAGCUUAUUGCACGAAUCGAAACAACCAGCUGGGAAGAGACUUAUUGUCAAAUUCAAGAAUUUCCGUCAAGCAAACAGUAAGCAAGAUUACUAUGCUGAAGUUCGGGAAUCUCCUCCUCCGGUCACAGUCACUUCAAGUUCAAUAAAGGAUUCCCCUCAAAAAUCUUCUUGCUCAAUGAGCAGUCUGGCAACUAUUCCACAUUGUCCCAGUCCGUUAUCAACCAGAGAGCCUUCCGUUGACAGCGAUGUAUCUACUGAAGUUGAAACCCAGCCCAUCGUAGCUAAUGAAAACCGACUACCAGAGGUAGAAAAUUCUCUCACGAAUGAUGAACCAAUCGAGUUUUUCGAUACCUUUUCUGAGUUAAUUGAUGGCAAAUCUACUGAAACUCAUGUCCUCCAAGGAGGUCCGAAGUCUGCGGGUGAAGAUGAUCAUAAACUAUUGUUGGGGCAAUUCCCUGCCUUUUCCGGAGAACCGGACCCGAAUACUCUUUCGCCCGAUAUGUUUUCAGCUACCCUCCAGAACGAGAUUUUGGAUCUUGAGGAUUCCGCGGAGACUGUUGCACUUAACAGAAUACUGCCUAAAAGUGAAGUAAAAAACGACGGUGAGCAUGUAAACGUCGUCAAGCAAGAAUCGCAAACUCCAACUUCGUCACCUUCGUUCCUUACUGCCAAUUUACUAGGUGCAAACGGCGUGCCUCAUUUAGGCACCCCAUCUCACGCAGCAGGAGGCCAGAAGCCAUUCAAAUCCAAACUGUCUAGAAAUACGUCCAGCUCGAAGGAAGCUACUAGUAGUGGUUUUCCACCUGCAGCGAAUGAUGAAACCGUGGACAAGUCUAAUUCGAUUACAGCCAGCCCAACCGCAACAUCUUUCAAUCCCAAUCUUUCUACAUCAACACCGGAUUUGAAUGAAAAGACAAGACAACAACUAUUAAAGGACUCCACGGAUUCCGACGACAGUCUUGCUGAAUUGAAGCUUAGCCCACGUGUAAAAAGGACGAAGAAAAGAAGCCGCAUACCACUGGGGCUAGAAGACGAUCCGAAAUUGAAAGCCGAGUGUGCAGUUGUGGUAAACCGCAUCACUAUUUUGAAUGAAGUGCUUGCCAUGGAAAAUGUGAAAAACAGUGAAUCACAAGAAAAUACGCUCAAAAAUGAAAUUGAUCGCAUGGUCAAAGAUCCAUUAAAUAUCGCUGUGAGGAGCUCACGCAUUGAAUCUGAUUCAGAUUGCGAACUAGAUGGUUUCGGAAAGAAAAGAGACGGACUUAAAAAGAAACGUACAAAGUCCCGAAAGGAUAUCAAAAAAUCUUUCCGGCUUGCGGAUUUGGGAUCAUCUUCGUCGUCAGAUUCAGACGUUAAAACAGAUAUUGAGCUUGCCGGUGUUACGGAAAUGUCGACAGCUUCCCCGCUUCCGAAUCGCAGUGAAACAGUUCGCCAAUCUUUGCUGGCUGCAAGCGAUUCAGACUCGCAUUUUGAUAUGGACAUGAAUGAAAUCGCCAGUAGUCCGAUCGCCGUUCAGGAAUCAGCUGAAGAGAAAGCAACCGAUGAAUGUGGCGUGAUUAUUCCGACUGAUGACAAUGGAAUGCAGGAAGUAAAAGAAGAGGUUGUUGGUCUCAGCGCAGAUGGAGAUGAUGUCGCUAAAACGUCAAACCUCAAAAUUGAUAAACUGUUGCGCAUGUCACUUGCCGAUCCCGAAGCUGAAUCCGACUCGAAAAAAUCACAGAAAGGCAAGGAAUCAAAGAAAGAAAAAAAGAAAAUUAUGAAAGAUAGAAAGAAGCGCCGCAUUCAAUCCGACUCAGACUUUGAAUCUUCAGAAUCAGAGAAAGACAAGAAGAAGCGGAAAAAGAAACGUUCAAGUCCGUCUGACUUAGAGGAAAUUUCGAAUGAUGACGAAAAUGAUUCAGGGAAAGAAGCAAAAUCUAAAUCUAAAUCGCGUCGGCGUAUAAAGAAAACUGCCCAAUCAAGUGACUCUAUGGAUUCCAAUGAUUCCGAUAUCGAGGUUCUUAAUGAAUCUCAACGUUCUGAUCCGGGAGGGCCCAAAGGAAGAAAGAACAUCAAGAAAAUCAUGAAAGAUACCAAUCUUAAGGAUGAGACAAAGGCUGCUGCAAAGGAAGAAGAAGACAGAAAGAAACGUAUAGCCGAACGUCAAAGGUUUUACAAUGAAGCCUUCGUUGGUGACCAGGCGCUUAUCAAUGCCCAGACUCAUCACCUAGUGUUAGAUUUUGAUCCGAAAAACAAACAGGAACUAGUGACGGUUGACAAACAUAUCGUUACAAAAUUGAAACCUCAUCAAGUGAAAGGUGUCAAAUUCAUGUGGGAUGCUUGUUUCGAAUCCAUUGAGAGGCUCAAAGAUCAUCCUGGCUCAGGCUGUAUCCUAGCCCAUUGCAUGGGUUUGGGUAAAAGCCUUCAAGUGGUCACCUUGGUUCACACCGUUCUGACUCACAAAGAAUGUCAGGUCGAUCGCGUUCUGGUGGUCUGUCCUCUUAGCACCGUCCUCAAUUGGGUCAACGAGUUUAAAGUGUGGCUUCCUCGGGAUUCUGACAUCGAAAUUUACGAAAUGGCUAGCGCUAAGGGUAACAGCAAAGAAUUGCGGGUUUUCACGCUACGCAGCGGCUGGCUCGAAGGUGGGGGAGUUAUGAUCAUUGGCUACGACAUGUAUCGUAAUUUGACCAACGAAAACAACAAGAAGAUCAGUAAAAAGGAACGCGAUGUGUUCACACGCUCGCUAGUUGAUCCUGGACCACAGCUCGUCGUUUGCGAUGAAGGCCACUUGCUGAAAAACGAAAAGACUGCGUUGUCCAAAUCCAUGAAUAAGAUUUCCACACGACGGCGCGUUGUCUUGACGGGCACACCGCUUCAAAACAGCUUACUCGAGUACCAUUGCAUGAUUCAGUUCGUGAAACCUAACCUACUGGGAACCGUUAGGGAGUUCACGAAUCGUUUCGCGAAUCCCAUUAAGAACGGACAAGCUGCUGACUCCACCGACUCUGAUGUACGGGUUAUGAAACGAAGAGCCCACGUUUUGCAUAAAAUGCUUGAAGACUCUGUGCAACGGUUUGAUUACGCGGUUCUGACCCCGUUUUUACCUCCUAAACACGAAUACGUUGUAUCAGUGAAGUUAUCGGAAAUACAGAUCAAGAUGUACCAGUAUUACCUUGAGCAUCACGCCAAGGGUGGUCCAGGCAAUAUAGGCCGAGGAAAAGGUGCUGGACUAUUUGCCGAUUUUCAAGAGUUGGGACGAGUUUGGACCCACCCUAAAGCAUUACUGUUGGCUGAACUCAAUCGUGAAGCAAAGGCGAAAAACAACAGUGACUCAGAGGGAUCUUUGGUGGACUUCAUUGACGACCGAGGUGAAAGCCCGGAAAGUGAGGAUGAUGGUGGUGUUGUAUGUUUGGAUGAUAGUAGUGAUGAAAAAGAACGAGUACCAACAAGAUCAAACGGUUUCAGAAUGAGAACUCGUGCUGCCCGUGGAGACCAACCACCACCAGAGGAUGAAUUGGGUGUAACAACCCCAAUGUCUAGCACAUGGUGGUCACAGUUUGUUCAAGAUGAGGACAUGGUCAAAAUAGAACAUAGUGGCAAACUUGUGCUUCUCAUGGAUAUUUUGCGUCAAUGCGAACUCAUUGGUGACAAAGUCCUGGUCUUCAGUCAGUCUCUUGUCUCCUUGAAUUUAAUUGAAGAAUUUCUCGCUGCCGAAGACGAACGAAAUGAGAAAACUCGAGCAAGUCUUGCUAGCACCGAUUUAAAACAGGAUCAUAAUGGCACAUGGCGAUUGAAUCAAGAUUACUUCCGAUUAGAUGGGCAGACGUCGGCGGAGCUGCGCAAAAAUGCAUGCAAUGCGUUCAACAACCCAUCAAAUCUUCGCUCUCGACUCUUUCUUAUUUCAACCAAAGCUGGUGGCUUGGGAAUCAAUUUGGUUGCCGCCAACCGUGUCAUCAUUUUUGAUGCAUCUUGGAAUCCCUCGCAUGAUGUGCAGAGUAUUUUUCGUGUUUAUCGAUUUGGACAAAAGAAACCGUGCUACAUUUAUCGGUUUUUGGCUCAAGGGACUAUGGAAGAAAAAAUCUAUGAUCGCCAGGUAACAAAGCUGUCUUUGUCUUGCCGUGUAGUCGACGAACAGCAAAUCGAACGCCAUUUCAAUUCAGCGGAUUUAAAUGAAUUAUACAUUUUCGAACCGGAUAGCCAUUUGCGCCGGCCUACACCACUUCUGCCGAAAGAUCGUCUACUGGCCGAACUGACCAUACAAAGGAAAGAUUGGAUAGUCACUUAUCACGAGCAUGAUUCUCUUCUUGAAAACAAGUCAGAAGAAGAACUAUCGGAAGCAGAACGGAAAGCCGCAUGGGACGAUUUCGAAAAUGAAAAACGUGGCGUAAAUCCAAUGAUGGGUAUGAUGAUGAAUGAAUCGCCUGGUUUUAUGAGUAUGCCUGGAAUGCCGGACAUUUUGGGAGGAUUGGCCGGACGAUCGGUUGCUGGUAUUCCACUCAGCAGCAUAGCCGCCAUGAUAUACAAUUCAAAUCCUGGGAUUACUCAGGACGAGUUCCUUGGAAGGCUCCGACUGACUGUGGACCAGCUUCAAAACUUCUCUGUUCAGCAAGCGGCUGCAGCUGCCGCCGUUGCUUCUGCACAGAAUGCAUUACAGCAGCCUGGUGAUGCUCAAAGAUUACUAAUGCAGCGACAAGUAGCCGCUGAUCAGCUUAAACGCCAAUUUGGAAAUACGCCGCAAGGGCCAGGCCCAAGCGGAUUAGGAGCAUCAGCCCCGCCGAGAUCACGUGGCAGGCCAACUAUUGGUCCACAUCAGCGAACGGAUUUAUAUGGCCUGGCCCCCGUUAUUUACAAUACGACUACGGGGUUGAAUGAGCCAGAAGGACCCAGUGGAUCUAAUUCUGUACCUAAGACAUAGACAGAACUUCGUCGAAUGAAGUUAGGCGUAGGAUCAAUCUAUUCUCUCGAUAAUAGUUGGCCGGAUGAUUUUUUGUAUCAAAUUGUGCCCUGUUUGAGGAACAAUAUUAUUUGUGUCAGCCACACUUGGUUGAUAGAGCCUCACGCGAAAUUCCUAGGUAAAUCCCCAGUUUAAAUGUAAACUACUGCGGGUGACAUGUUUUUUAGCUUAUGUUUUUCUUAUUGUCCUCCGUUUUCCUCUCCUCGGUUCUUCCUUCCUUUCUCCUGCGGCGGAGUUUGUGACGGAAUUAGUUGUUCCUGUAUUCCUCAACCUUAUGCUUUACUCGAUUUACCCAAGUUUGUUUUCAAUUAAAUACAUUCACCAAGAAAUUUCAUAUGAUAUUACUUGAUUUUGACCUUUCACUUCUUUCGACUUCUCACUGAAAUCCUGAAAACCUUUCUCGACUGCUCUUGAUGUAUUUUAUUUUAAUUUUUUUUUCAUGUGAUAAUGCUUAUUGUAUUCUUGAUAUUGUUCGAUUCAAAUCUCACGAAUUCGUUAAUACAAUUAAAACGAGUACGCCAGUACGUACCGUGAGUUGUA